CCAGAGAACUUUUGGCAGCGGCGCCGCGCGUCGGCCGGGCGGCGCCAGGAGGAGGGGCCGAGGGCCGCGCCCCGCCCGCCGCCCAGCCCCGCGGGGACCUCGGGGACCGGGACGCGAGCCACAUGCAGAGCGGAGGCUCCGCGCAGCACAGCCCGCGCGCCGCCGGCUCCGGGCGCUGAGGACGCGGGGACACGGCCGGCGCCGCCGCCGAGCCAGGGGCGCGGGAGCGCGUCCGCGUCCACGCAGCCGCCGGCCGGCGAGCACCCGGGCUCCGCAUGCCAGCACGGCCGAGGUGGCAGCGAGACAUGCAACCGGCCCGGAAGCUCCUCAGCCUCCUUCUCCUCAUCCUGAUGGGCACCGAACUCACCCAAGUGUUGCCCACCAACCCUGAGGAGAGCUGGCAGGUGUACAGCUCUGCCCAGGACAGCGAAGGCAGGUGUAUCUGCACGGUGGUUGCCCCCCAGCAGACCAUGUGUUCCCGGGAUGCCCGCACGAAACAGCUGAGGCAGCUGCUGGAGAAGGUGCAAAACAUGUCUCAGUCCAUAGAGGUCCUGGACAGGCGGACUCAGAGAGACUUGCAGUACGUGGAGAAGAUGGAGAACCAAAUGAAAGGCCUGGAGUCCAAGUUCAAGCAGGUGGAGGAGAGUCAUAAGCAACACCUGGCCAGGCAGUUCAAGGCGAUAAAAGCGAAAAUGGAUGAACUUAGGCCUUUGAUACCCGUGUUGGAAGAGUACAAGGCCGAUGCCAAAUUGGUAUUGCAGUUUAAAGAGGAGGUCCAGAAUCUGACGUCAGUGCUAAACGAGCUGCAAGAGGAAAUUGGCGCCUAUGACUACGAUGAACUUCAGAGCAGAGUGUCCAAUCUUGAAGAAAGGCUCCGUGCAUGCAUGCAAAAACUAGCUUGUGGGAAGCUGACAGGCAUCAGUGACCCAGUGACCGUCAAGACCUCCGGAUCGAGGUUUGGGUCCUGGAUGACAGACCCUCUGGCCCCAGAAGGCGAUAACAGGGUUUGGUACAUGGACGGCUACCACAACAACCGCUUUGUCCGCGAGUACAAAUCCAUGAUUGACUUCAUGACCACGGACAAUUUCACAUCCCACCGCCUCCCACACCCCUGGUCGGGUACGGGGCAGGUGGUCUACAACGGGUCCAUCUACUUCAACAAGUUCCAGAGCCACAUCGUCAUCAGGUUCGACCUGAGGACGGAGACCAUCCUCAAGACCCGCAGCCUGGACUACGCCGGCUACAACAACAUGUACCACUACGCCUGGGGCGGCCACUCGGACAUCGACCUCAUGGUGGACGAGAACGGGCUGUGGGCCGUCUAUGCCACCAACCAGAACGCCGGCAACAUCGUCAUCAGCAAGCUGGACCCUGUGUCCCUGCAGGUGCUGCACACCUGGAACACGAGCUACCCCAAGCGCAGCGCCGGUGAGGCCUUCAUCAUUUGCGGGACCCUCUACGUCACCAACGGCUACUCGGGGGGCACCAAGGUGCACUACGCGUACCAGACCAACGCCUCGACCUACGAGUACAUCGACAUCCCCUUCCAGAACAAGUACUCCCACAUCUCCAUGCUGGACUACAACCCCAAGGACCGCGCCCUAUACGCCUGGAACAACGGCCACCAGAUCCUCUACAACGUCACCCUCUUCCACGUCAUCCGCUCCGACGAGUUGUAGCUGCCUCCGCUGGAAGCCAGGGUCCGAGUCCUCACCCAUGUGGAAGUUCUGGGACACGGCUGCCAAAAUGAUCCCAGUGAGACUAAUAAUACUCAUUUUGACAAAUCAUCAGCAACACGGGUUCCGGCAUCUCGGGACGACACCACCUCCAUGUUUCUCUAGGUCAAGCCGGGGGGGUGACACGCGGGGAAGAAGCCCCCGUUUCUGCAGCUGGAACUGCAGCCCAGGGCUCCCUGGCCCUCCCCACCCCCACCCCCGUCCCCUUUCUGGUCAAAUCACAUACUAAAGAGGUAAGGCAAUGACUGUUGGCCAAUUCUCGCCCCAGAACAACCCACCGUUAGAAUCGCAUGGACAUUUCCUUAGAUUGUGGUCAGCUCUGAUGGGCGUGGUUGCGUCUCCUUGAGAAUCCCCCAGGCCACACUCAGCGUCCAAGGGGUCCACGUAGGCUAGUUUAACUCACAUCCCAUCACAGCUGCUGUUUCUCGACUGUGUGUUGUGUCUUAAGUUAACUGUGCUGAGACUCCAAGUUGCCCGUGGACAGUCGCAGCGUCCACCCGUGUGAACUCACGUGCCCUGUAGAUGUAUCGUGCAGCGUCCGUCUGUUUCCUUGAGGUGGUACCUCUGUAUGUUCAGUUUAUGCAAUUGAUGUUGUAAAUGCAAUGCUGUAGUCUGGAUUAAUAAGUGGAUGGUUUUCCUUUCUAAAAAGAAAAAAAAAUCAGUGUUCACCCUUAGAGAGAGAUGAUCAAGUUCAUGUUAAUAACGAUCAAAGGAAUUAUUCUCUUCUUGUUAAAUUAUCUAAAUAAUGUAGCCACAGAUGAGAAGGGCUUAUCUAGACAAAUUUCAGUUUCCAACAGGAAAGGAAUGUUUCUGAGGGCAACAGUGUGUGGAAAGUACAUUUUUUAAGUAAAAAAGAGGGGAACUUUGUACUAUCCAGUUAUCUAAGGAACAAUAAAAAUAUUAGGAGA